AUGGGGUGCUCUUCGGGAUCAAGACAAACAUGUGGACACAGAAAUGGAAAAAAUCUGAGCGGGCUGGCAGGCCAACAGGAUGAGGAGGAAGUUUCUGGACUGGAGGAAAAAGCGUCUACAAGACAAACUGUCCGAGACGCAGAAGAAAAUAGACUUGUCUUGAAGGGUUAUCCUUUGGUGCUGGGUGGACUGUGCUGCUGCUUUCUACACUGGGAGAAGGGAUUCGUCUUUUGA